AUGCUAGGCAAAGCGCAAAUUCCGGCGGAAGUUACGGGAUCCGGCCCGUCUCCUAGUCCAGUGGAGCACAGCUUAAUUCCAAACGAGGAGAAGCGGGAGGCCGACGGCGGCUGCAGUGUUAGCGAUGAUGACGUGGAAACCGAGGAGGUUGACGUGUAUGUAGGUCACCGCCAUAAGCAACCUCGUCGCUCGAUCCUAUCGGGACGGCUCGGGACGUUCGCUGCGAUGGUCAUGGCCGUCGCGUUCUUCUCAGUCGUCCUGGGCUUCGCCCUCGCCAUCUUCCUCACAUCCCACUCGCACGCCUCCUGCUCCUCCGCGUUUGACGGAGGGGGCGGCCCUCCACCGUCCCCCACAGGCGCGCUGGGGGGGCAGCCCACGGUGAUCCUCGUGUCGUUUGACGGGUUCAGACACGGUUACCAUCUCAAGGCGGACACACCGAAUCUGAACAGGAUGUUGAACGAAGGUACAUUCGCAGAGCAAGGAAUGCUACCGGUCUUCCCCUCACUCACCUUCCCCUCGCACCACUCCAUGGCCACGGGUCUGCUCCCUGCCUCGCAUGGCAUUCUGGCAAACAAGUUCCGAAACCCCGCCAACCACAGCGACGUGUUCAACCUUGGGAAUGUCGAGCCCAGAUGGUGGCUGGGCGAACCCAUCUGGACCACAGUGAACCGUCAGGGCCUGCAGGCAGCAACAGUGUUUUGGCCAGGCUCCAACGUACCGCGACCUGAUUGGCCGUGCCCGUCUGACUUAUGCUUGCUAUAUAACGAGUCGAUGCCGUUUGAAGAGCGAGUGGACCAGGUGCUGGCGUGGCUGGACCUACCCUCUCCCCUCCGCCCCUCCCUCCUCACACUCUACCUAGAGGAGCCUGACGAGAGUGGCCACAAGGGAGGCCCGGACACGCCUCUGGUCGCUGCUGCAGUGAAGCGCGUUGAUGAUAUGCUGGGUCGCCUUUUGAAUGGGCUGGAUCAAAGGAGCAUGACCAACGAUGUAAAUCUUCUGCUAGUGAGCGACCAUGGCAUGUUAACCACAUGCAAGUCGCGGGCCAUCUCCCUGGAACAGUUCGAGCCGUUCAUUCCCGGCCUCUCCAAGGCCUGGAUCGACUUCAGCUACCCGCUUCUCGGAAUCUUCCUCCCGCAAACAGACGCGCAACGCCGUCCGGAGGGUCAGAUGGAUGCGGCUGCUGUUGUGGGGGCGAUGAGGAGGGCGAUAGAAGGAGGGGCGAUUGUUAAUGGCGAGGCGCUGAAGGUGUAUCUGAGGGAGGAAUUUCCUGCGGAGUUUGAGUUUUCCGGAAGCGACAGAAUACCGCCAAUUCUGGCGCUAGCAGACGAGGGCUACACGGUGGUAUACCACCACUCAUCAGCAUGGGAAGGUGGCACACAUGGUUACGAUAACCGCCUCCCCUCUAUGCGAUCUAUCUUCAUGGCUCGAGGGCCGCGCUUCUCCUCUCACCGCAGAAUACCCACCUUCAGAAACACAGAGCUGUACAACGUGAUAGCAAGCAUCUUGAAGAUUGAGCCUGCACCCAACAAUGGAUCCUCGUCUUUCCCGGACACAAUUCUAUCGACAAUGGCCGCUCUCGCCAACGCCGCUGUGCUCCCGUCCACCUUCGUCGGUCAGAGCGCUGAGCUCGCCGCCAAGGUGAACAAUGUCGAGGCCCGCGUGACGAUGAGGAAGACCGCCAAGGCGGCUUCCAGCAGCGCCUUCUACGGCCCCGACCGCAACCUGUUCCUGGGCCCGUUCUCCUCCCCCCCGUCGUACCUGACCGGCGAGUACCCCGGUGACUACGGUUGGGACACCGCGGGUCUGUCCGCUGACCCCGAGACCUUCGCCAAGAACCGCGAGCUCGAGGUGAUCCACGCUCGCUGGGCUCUUCUCGGUGCCCUCGGCUGCCUGACCCCCGAGCUCCUCGCCAACAACGGCGUCGAGUUCGGUGAGGCUGUGUGGUUCAAGGCCGGUGCCCAGAUCUUCUCCGAGGGUGGCCUUGACUACCUCGGCAACCCCAGCCUGAUCCACGCCCAGUCCAUCCUGGCCAUCUGGGCCACCCAGGUCAUCCUCAUGGGUGCCGUCGAGAGCUACCGCGUGGGUGGCCUUGAGGGCUUCCAAGAGGUUGAGGACCCCCUGUACCCCGGCGGUGCCUUCGACCCCCUGGGUCUGGCUGACGACCCCGAGGCCCUCGCUGAGCUCAAGGUGAAGGAGCUCAAGAACGGCCGCCUCGCCAUGGUGUCGAUGUUCGGCUUCUUCGUGCAGGCCAUCGUCACCGGCAAGGGCCCUCUGGAGAACCUGUCCGACCACCUGGCUGACCCCACCGUCAACAACGCCUGGGCCUACGCCACCAACUUCACCCCCGGCGCUUAA